CAAAACCACAGAAGUCUGCUCAACAUCACUCGGCAGUUAUCCUGGAUAUAAACUCUUUGUCUCAUUCAGCUGCAAUGGGCGUUGGUUUGGCAGUUGUCACUUUGCUCAUCGCUCUGAUGCAAGGCGUCUCUUGUCCAACUUGGGCGGUGAUUCUGCCUAAAACUAUCUUGGUCAUCAAUGACUCCUGUGUCACAAUUCCAUGCCGUUUCACGAUCCCAAGCAAUGAGGAGGCAAACAUCCUCAACUGCUCAAAGGGUGUUGUUUGGAAGAAAGGAUCAACGAUUGGUCCUGAGGUCUUCAUAGCACACACUCCUCAAUUGAACCUCAUACAAGGGGAAAUAACAGGGGACGUCACAAAGAAGAACUGCACUACAACCUUCCAUGGCUUCCGACAGGACAACAACGACAAGUACUUCUUCAGGCUUGAGUGUGCGAGACUCACAAAGUACAGUUUCGGUAAUGGAGUGACAAUUAAUGCCCAACCAGAUCUCCCCCCCUCCCUGUUGUCCUCUGGGGGUCAGGUGUCAGAGGGGGCCCAGGUCAGGCUGCAGUGUUCAGUCCCGGUGCCCUGCCACAACAUGCCCCCCUCCAUCACCUGGUCACCCGUAGACAACUCUAGUCAAAAGUCUACACAAAUGCAGAGUUUAGACGAUGGACAGAUGAUCAUGAUGACCACGCUGACCUUCAGUGCUGCAGCGCACCACAACAACCAAAGCUUCUCCUGUUCUGUGACCUACCCGCUGACAGCAGGGGGCAGCAGCCGCUCGUCUGCAACCUCUCAGAGACUCAGCGUCCUGUAUGGUCCUAAAGACACCGUGGCAACCGUCAGCAACUCUGCCCCUGUGUUUGAGGGCCAAUCUGUGACACUCACAUGCUUCAGUGAGGCCAACCCCCCUGUGAGCCUCUACACCUGGUACAGAGACGACUGUGGAAAGCUGACUAAGAUUGGUAAAGGAGAAAAGCUGGUCCUGCAGGUCAGCCAGACGGACAGCGGGUUGUAUCUGUGUGAGGCUCAAAGUCCGAUGGCCUCUCAGAGGUCCAGACCUGUAUCUCUGGAGGUCAAAACCACCACAGGCAGGAUCGAGGGUGUUGUUUUACCCUACACUAUAUGUGGAGUAUUGCUGCUCCUCUACAUUAUGACUGUUGUUGUAGAUGUGUACAAGUAUCGAGGUAUAUCCCGCAGGCUGAAGAUGAUUGAAGUGAAGGGAGAACACACCUACACUAAUAUGAGGUCCUGCAGUGUCGCCUCUGACUAUGAACAACUCCAGCAUCGGCAGUCUGAAAUGAUGCCCCAUCCUGAUGCUUCCACAUAUGAGAACCCCAUCGCUCUGCAGGCCACGUUAAAAAAUACUCCUCUGUCAAAGUAAACCUGAAGGAAUGAGUGGAAGUUUUCGUGAGAGGGCCAAUAAAAAAAAAGAAAUAGAACACCUCCUCAAAAUCAAUGUGAUCAUGAGCUUCUAAACCUGUAAUUAUUAAUGGUUUUACACAACUGUAUUUAAUUUUACAUUUUAAUCAUUUCAAUGCAUCUAUUCAUUUUUUUUCUAUUAUUGCAAAGUUUUAUUUUAAA